CCACCGCCAACUCGUCAGGGAACAUCGACGGAAAACUGUCUGACCUGAAGCAAGCCGAUCUCUGUGCCGGGUCUAAAUAGGGAAUUCUGUCUCCUCUGGUGUUUCCCAAUGAACACGGUCCUUCCUGCCAUUACCUGCUUCGACUCGGGAGGCAGGUUCGAGGGCGCACCGACUCACUCCUUUGCAACAAAUGGGAAUAGUUCGUCCCGACGACUGACGACAUCGGUACGACACUGGAUGGCUGUGCUCGGUCCUUCCCCUCCCGUCUGUGGUCUGUGGCCCCAACAUCUAUCCAUAAGAGCGGACGGACCAGAGGUCUUCGUCCUGGUCUCUGGCUCCUCACCAGCCCCGCGGAGUCCCCGAGGACUUGCUGUCCCGUCGACGCCGGCGACUGCUCGAACCCGACCUCAGCAGACCUCAACCAACCACCCCCAACAGAGCAAUUCACCCACGAUGAAGCCCAUCGUCACCUCCCUCCUCGCCGCCGCCGCCAGCAUCACCCUCGCCCUGGCGCAGAACCUCUCCGGCCAGCCGGCGUGCGCCGUAAGUGCUUUCCUUCUCAUCCCGAACCCCCAACCUCUGUUUAUCCCCAUCCCCGCUCCCGUUCCCAAACCCGUUUCCAACCCCUGACCAUGACACUGACACUAACACGAACGACCGAACCGCGCGACGCAGACGAGCUGCAUCAUCAGCGCCAUCACGGC